AUGCUAAAAAAAGUUCACGCGGCACACGGUGGAAUAGAAGCUACUAUGAAUAAAUUGGCUCGCGAAAACAUUUUCUGGCCAGGAAUGAAUGGAGCCAUCAGAGACAACGUGAAGGAAUGCGACAUCUGCUUAGAAUUUGCAGACAAACAAUCGAAUCCUCCUAUGCAAACACAUGAAGUACCUUCUGCUCGAUUUCAGACUGUCUCCAUGGACCUGUUGUCAGCUACACAUAAAGGGAAGAAAAGAAACUUCGUGGUCACGUCAGAUCAUUUUUCAGAUUUUUUCGAAUUGGACAUAGUCAAAGAUCUUUCAGCAAAAUCACUCGUUGCUGUCACGAAGCAAAACUUUGCUAGACACGGAAUACCGACUAAGAUCGUCAGUGACAACGGUACCAAUUUUGAUUCCUCCGAGUUUCGGCAGUUUGCAAGAUCCUGGGGAGUUCUACACGUGACAUCAUCUCCGCAUCAUCAACAGGGCAACGACAAAGCGGAGUCUGCAGUAAAAAUUGUCAAGAAAAUUAUUAAAAAAUGCGAGAAAAGUGGAGAAGAUCUUUGGUACGCCAUCCUACAUUGGAGAAAUACCCCGAACAAAAUGGACUUGAGCCUGGUUCAACGGCUUUUCUCACGAAGGACGAGAUGUGGUAUUCCAACUUUACAGUCCAAUCUGCAGCCAAGGAUAAUAGAAGGAGUUCAAGAAAAGAUUUCGUCAAGCAAACUACGAAGCAAGUACUACUACGACAGAACAGCACGAAAGCUGCCAGAGCUGCAAGUGGGUCAACCAGUAAUGGUUCAGUUAAAACCAGAGGAGAAUCAUUGGUCCAAAGGUAAAAUCAAUCAUAGGAUCUCGGACCGCGCAUACAUGGUAAAUGUGAAGGAUGCACUUUACCGAAGAAGUGCCGUACAUAUAAAGCCUCGACACGAUAGUAGUCGGCGUCAACACCCCUCAAAGGCGGAUGACGCAGCGAUUUAUUCCACAAUAUCAGAGCCGUCUACAAAUACAACAGAGGUACAGUCGUCACGCAAAUCGGUGACUACUACAGCUCCAAAAUCAAUUAGUCAGGACGAUAGUGAACUUAUGGGCAUCUCUUCGUCACCCAACAAGAGCAGUGUCAGACCUAGUGCGGAAAAGACUGUUAAAAAUACAAGCAGCGACGACCACAAGGAAUCAACAGUCGGGAAGACUGUUAAAGACACAAACGUCGACAUUCCCAAGGAAUCAGCAGUCGAAGUUCCAACGAAUAACGCAGUCAUCAACACGCCAACAAGUACGGGAAAAGCACGUCCAAGAAAGAACGUGAAGCCUCCAGCUCGAUUUGCCGACUACGUUACAAACUUAUAA